AUGAGCCAUAUCGACAAGCCAGAGGUCAUGGGUGCGCCUGCCGAGGUCCUUACCCAGGUGCGCAACUCUGCUCCAAUCUCCAGGAUCUUGGAUCCCUCCCGCUGGUCCCGUAAGGAAUACAUGUUCCUGACCGUUGGUGUCUUGGUUCAAGCCUUUGUCUACUCGUUCGAGGUCAACAUGAUGUACAACUGCCUUCCCUACGUUACCAACAAGCUCCAAGCUACUUCGAUUGCCAGCGUCUUGCCCACCAUCCUUCAGAUUCUGUCUGCAGCCCUGGUUCCCUUCUACACCAAGGUGUCUGAUGUCUUUGGGCGUGCCCUGCCCUUGACCGUCGCCAUGGUCUUCUACAUCGUCGGCUAUAUUAUCCAGGGCACCACUAAGACAUUCCUCCAGCUUGCUCUCGGACAGAUCUCCUACGGUAUCGGCUCCACCGGCAUGCUUACCCUUACCCAGGUCUUGAUUGCUGAUACUACCUCCUUGCUCAACCGUGGUAUUGUCUUUUCUCUCUGGGAUCUCCCGUCGGCCAUGAAUAUCUUCGUCACCGGUGUGUUGACCGAUCCUUUAACCAGUUAUCCCGGUGCAAACUGGCGCAAUGUUUACAUCAUCGUCAGUGUCCUCUCGGCAUUUGGUGCCAUCGCUGUACUGACUCCCCUCUGGUACUUGCAAAGAAAGGCUCAGAGCAAGGGUGUUACCAUGGAGCGCCGCUCGAUCGGCUGGCUUUUGCACGAAUUCGAUGUCGUUGGAGCUGUGUUGAUUACCCUUGCCAUGUCACUUUCGUUGUUGCCCAUGAUCCUCGCCAGGUCGUUCGAGGGUAACUGGCAGAACCCCAAGAUUUUGGGCAUGUUCUGCACCGGUAUUGUCUGCUAUGGUCUCCUCGUCUUCUGGGAAGCCAAAUACACCAACCGUCCUAUUAUGCCCAUGCGUAUCUGGACCAACCCCACCUGCUUCGGAGGCUUGGUCGUCAUGUUCUUUAUGACCGUCAUGGCUGCCAUGAACUGGCAGUACUACACCUAUUACCUUAUGGUCUCUCGUGAUUUGUCUCUCCAAAGUGCAACUAUGCUCGAGCGUGGCUACCAGGUUGCCUACUUGGUCUUCCAGACCAUCACCGGAUUGUUGAUGAAGCGCUUCAAGAUCCUCCGCCCUUUCAUCUGGGUCGGUAUUGUCGUCCACACCAUCGGUAUCGGUCUCAUGAUCCCCGCCCGUGCUCCCGAUUCCGCGGAUGUCUUUGUUGUCCUCUCCCAGACCAUUGUCGGUGCUGCUGGUGGUAUGGCCAACAUUGCUGCCUCGGUCGCUGUUACCGGUGCUGUUGACCGCAAGGACGUUGCUGUUGUCAUUGGUGUGACCCAGAUUCUUGGUUCCUUCGGAAGUGCCUUUGGUAGCGCUUUGGCCGGAGGUGUCUGGACCCAGUACUUGCCUAAGCGCCUUGAAAAGCACGUUACUGGUCCCUAUGACGAGUUCCUUGCUAUGAACGAUGUCACCUACAUUGCUGGACUGGACCCCAUUACCAAGCGCCAGAUGAUUGAAGCUUGGGGUGACUCGCAGAAGCUGAUGUCGAUCAUGUCUGUCUCCUUGGCCGUCUUUGCUUGUAUCUCUACACUCUUCAUGAAGCACAUCGAUCUCACCAAGGACCAGAUGGCCGAGGAGCUCGAGGUCGAAGCCGCAGCCGCCGAGGGCAAGGAGGAGAUCAUCGAUGAGCCUGGCACCACCUACAACGAGAAGAAGGUCAUCGCCUAA